CUGCUUGGUCUUUGUUGAGAAGAGAUCCACAAUCGAAAACAUGUCAUGUGUUGACAUCCAUGUUAGAAAGGCAUGUUAGCCUUGCUCCGCAAUGCUAUUUCUUCAGCAAUCUGGGAGUGGCCAUCCUGUGAGCCUCCCCGAGUGCUGGCAGGAUGCGGCCCUUUAGCAGAGCUGCAGUGGCAGCUCUGGGUGUGGCACUAGUUUGGCUGACCAGCACCGCCUUCACCAGUCCAUUGGCGCAGUCUCCUUUGCAGCAGCUUGAAUCACGACAGGGCUUCCAACCUCGUUUGGCUGCAAGUGAAGGCAGCGGCUCUUUCGCUGGACAGUCGUCCACCUUCUCCAGUGCAGUUGCCUUUCCAGGGUGUGCUAUCGGCCUGGCUACUUUGGUGACGCUUUUCGGCAAGUGGUCAAACAAACAUCGUCAACGCUGGCGUAAGGCUGUCAACAGUGAGAAUCGAGGAAGGCAAGGCUACAAAGCUGACAGACGGCCUCCCUUGUUUGGACCUGAGAAGCCCCCACAUGAGAAGAAGAAGAUGUACCACUACUACUGCAACAAGAUCUACAAGGUGAUUCGAUUUGCCAAUCCAGAUGGGGUUGAGAUGGCACCAACGAGCCAACCAAAGACUUGGAUUGAGAAAUUUUCGCGUCCAGGCCUGGCAAAGAUUGCCACCGCCAUUUGUGCGUCUGCUUCUUUGUGGCUGGGGCAACGCUUGCUAUGAUAGCACAUCGUCUCACGGUGAAAAAGGAAACAGGCCGCCUUUCACCUUUGUAACAUAUCUAGGGAGGGGCUUCCUCCAGUCAUAUCCCGUCCAAUUUGUAUUUUGCCAUGUGUUCAAAAUGCUGUGGUCAUGUUUGGUCUUUUUAUUGGUUUGUAAAGGUUUG